AUGUCUCUCAUCGACUGCUUACCUCGGACGAUCAAUGAAGCUCGUGUUUUUGCGAAUGCAAAGAUGGACACAUACGGUCCCCAUCAACGACGCAUGCGUUCUGCUCAACGCAACAAGAAGCUCUUCGAAUCUGAACUCGCUCACGACGGAGCAAACCUUACCUCAUAUGAGGACCCAACUCAGAUCUCUGCCACUGAAGCAUCUAAUUUGGUGGGGCUGUUGAAAGAGGGGUCGUCGAAAAAGCCUCUCCGUCACACGCCGAAGACGCUUGUACGAAAACUUCAGGCUACAAAGGAGCAACUUAAAGCGCAUGACAGACCACGUCUCUUGUCUUGCUCUUCUCUACGGGGCCCCCAGGAAGCAACAGGAAAGCUCGAGUUAAUGACGGAGCAGUAUGAAGCCCAUCUCGAGCGCGAGGAGCGCGACCUGGAAUGCAAAAUCUGCUAUAAUAUUGUCAACAGACCCCACUUCUUGUCCUGUGGCCACUUUUUUUGUGCUUCUUGUAUCUCAGCCUGGGCAAUGACUUAUCUUGAGCACGGAACCAAGCCUGAAUGUCCCUUCUGUCACGUCAUCAUCGGCCGCUUCACGCCCAUCGAAUCUCACCAUCUCCAGGCUAGGGCUAAUUCCUUGCGCAUUAUCCUACGAAGGCCUAUUGCACCCUGCAGUGCUCUUGUCUGGCCUUACCACUUCUCGUCCACCGAAUGUUCUUCUGAAGUAGAUGUCGUAGACUACGAUUCUCCUUACUAG